AUGAGUGGUGACUACACAGCCUUUUUCUACGGGACUUUGAUGGCCCCCGAGGUCUUCUUCACCGUUUGCUACUGCCACAACAACCCUCACCAGGCCAUCAAGGAUAUGCACACAUUCACUCCCGCAAUUCUCGAGGGUUACUGUCGCCACCGGGUUCGACAUGCCGAUUAUCCUGGCGUUGUGGCUGAGAAGGGCCACAGUGUUCGUGGGGUUUAUGCGACUGGUCUCACUGAUGCCAAUAUGAGCAAGCUUGACACGUUCGAGGGGUCUGAGUAUGAUAAGGAAAAGGUCAAAGUCAAAUUGCUCAACAAAGACGGCACUGCCAGCGACAAGGGCGAAACCAAGGAAACGACCGUCUACGUUUUCAACUCACCCAACUACCUUGAGAAGCGCGAAUGGGACUUUGAGGAGUUUCGAAAGACCAAAAUGCGGAACUGGACCCGGGGUGGAUUGGCUUUCGAUGAAUGCAAGUCAACCCAUACCAUAUUCAUAUACGUGCUCAAUACUGAUGAUGAAUACUGUAGAAGUCUGAAUGAGCUGCCAAUGACGGCUUGGAGGUAG